AUGAAGCCUUCUUCGAUGCGAACAAUUCCUGGGUGUGGCGACACGACAGCCCAUAACUCACCCGUCGAUCAAACUGCUGACCUCAUUGACGGCCUCGGAUUACCAAGCUGCCAUGAACCUGGAUAUUUUGACGCGGAGACAAGAGGACAUCUUUGGGGAAAUGAACAAGGACUGCCUUCACCGAGCACAGAAGCAAGCGCGAACCUGCAGGUAUUCGGUAGCGUUUCGGCUGUAACUCUGGGCGCAUCAACAGGUUACCCGUCUCCUCUUCCUGCAUGCGAACCGGCUGGCUUUGUGAGCGCGAGGGAGGAUUUGUUGCGAGGGCACGACCAUGGCCUCGGGCAUGACUUCAUCGAGCGCAUCGCCGCUACUUCAACAAAUCUUGAAGACCGAUUAGGGGUGAGUCCCGAAUUCUGUGAGGCACCAGGAUUCCACGAUAUAGACUCGAUGGCAACAGAACACGGCACUGCUGUCUUUGCUCCCAGCAGCCCUUCGGCUACGAUGCAAAGUUGUAGCAGAUCUCAAAAUCUGCCAGAGUUGCUCGAAUCCCUCUACCUUGCUUCCUCAGCGCGGGACAGUGAGACGAAGGACUCUUGUGCCUGGAGCGAGUCAGAUCGAUUCCGGGAGCAAAUGUUGAUGCUCGCUACGAAAAUCCUUGUUGAUGAAGUGAGCCAGUUGGAGAGAGUGCGUGGGGAGAGAGUGCCAUAUGCCGCUCUACCCAUAGCUGAAAGAAGCCAUAGCGGAGUGAGAUCUGGUCAUACCUCGACAGUUGACAUAGAGCCAACGGAGAAAGAUCCGCAGCUCCUCGAAGAAACUCUACCCGAUAUCUGGUCGUUGCUGUCGGACCUUCGGAGGCAUGCUGAAGUAUCUCAGUCCCCGGCAUCCCUCAGUGAGGGCGGGAAUGUGGAAACAGUCUCGCAAUGUUAUGUACACUCUCAAGCACAGGUUGCUGUCGCGGGCGACUUCAAUUGUGUCACGAAUGAUCAAGCCGCUGUGCGCAGUUUUGGCUUCUGA